GAUUCCUGGCUACGUGAUGACGUAACCUGAAAGAAAUCCGGUGGAACUCGGAAGAGAGGUGACUGUUGUAUUCUAAAUCAAAAGAUCAAAAUGAAAUCAAAGAUCUAGAACCCUGGCUGCCAUGGAGUCCGAGGGUAACGUGCUCUGCGUGGACUUCCCAAACUUCUCCGGAUCCCUGCUUCAGAAGCUCAACCAGCAACGGCAGAGGGGCCAGCUUUGUGACAUCAUCGUGGUCAUCCAGGGCCACCAGUACCGCGCUCACCGGGCCGUCCUGGCCGCCAGUUCGCCCUACUUCUGCGACCAGGUCCUCCUCAAAAACAGCGCCCGCUGUGUUUUACCUGAUGUCAUGCACCCAUGUGUGUUCGAACGCCUCCUCCUCUCUUGCUACACAGGCACCCUGCACCUACCGGCCGGCGAAGUGGUAGCCUUCCUCACUGCAGCAAGCUUCCUCCAGAUGUGGCACGUGGUGGACAAGUGCACUGAGCUGUUAGAGGUGGUAGGAAGCGGCGCAAGAACAUUAGUGCACAAGUCUUCUGGUGGGCUUGGGGACAGGCCUUCCCCUGGGGACAGCAGCUACCACAGCCCUGGGGAUGGCUCCAUGGGCCUGGAGGCCGGCGGAGUAGCAGUGGAGGGCUUUGCCAAGAUGGAAAUGGAUCAGCUCCUGGAAAACAGCUUCUCCCCAUCCUCUCUGGAGAACAACAGCACCCAGCCCGGCGGCAGCUGCUCUCCGCCGGUCGACCACGACGGCUCAGGUAGCGAGGCCACCAGCCAGGACGGGGAUGAGGAGGAGGUUGGUGAGGGGGACUACCAGUACUCCAGACCAGCCUACAUCCCACCCAGCAUCAUGGGCCACAGGAAAUGGGUCCAUGUGAAGUCAGAGAGGCGUGAGGAUUGCGGGGGCAGCGGGGCUCUGUUUAGCGGGGACCCUGCGGUUACUGACCCCGAGCAGAUUAACUUUAACCUCUCCCAGGCCUCGGCCAGCAAGAGCUCCCUGGGCCACAGCAUCGAUGAGAAGCUGGCAGCUCAGCUGGAGGAUCGCCUGGAGGAGGACCCGCUGGACUUUUAUGGCACAUCCAUGGAGGGCUUCUCCGCCGACAAGGUCGAAGGGACCCCGCUUGGGCUGAAGAACGACCUGCUAGGAGGUGCAACCGGGGGUGAGGAGAGUGGCAGUGGUUUGGAAGGAAACCCCAGUGGCCUCCAGGAAGAGACUUCCCACUCGGGCUUUGCGUCAGUGGUCUACAAAUUGUACCCCUGCCAGUGUGGCAAGAGCUUCACCCACAAGAGCCAACGGGACCGGCACAUGAGCAUGCACCUUGGCUUGCGGCCAUACGGCUGCGCCGUGUGCGGUAAGAGCUUCAAGAUGAAGCACCACCUGGUGGGCCACAUGAAGAUUCACACGGGUGUAAAGCCCUACGAGUGCAGCCUGUGUGCCAAGCGCUUCAUGUGGCGGGACAGCUUCAACAGACACACGUCCUCCUGCACCAGGGCCCACCAGGCCCGGACUGCCGUCAACGAGCAGGCUGCCCAGAUCUGCUGACCCCAGAUCAGAUUUUCAACUACAGUUCACCUCGUCAUCUCCCACAGUCCCGUAUCAGUUUCACUGAGCAGGCUUCCCAGAUUUGCUGAUCCUGGAUCAGAUUAACACACUAGCUUGGAUGACCACCCUCCAAUCAGUUUAGGUGGCUAUAGGGUUAAGCCACCCCUUUUGAUUUGAACAAAACCUUCCAUACAUAUUUGCCCAUUGUAGAAGUGCUCAGAAACAGCUUUUUCUUUUACCUGAAUGCCAACAUAUUCAAAAGAUUAAGGUGCUCAAAGUUGACCCAUUCUUCAUACCCCACCAUACCAUAAGACAUCCAUGUCUUCAUCACUGGAAAAGAUAAAAGGAUUAGAUUUAUAUCAUUUGAAAAGCUUACAAACAGGGUUGUCAAACUAUUUGAUAUAUUUUGCCAUCGGUUGAGACACAACAUGCUCUUGAAUACAGGUUGGGUAUAAUGGUUUGGCUAAUAAAUGUAGUAAAAUGGGAAUAACAUUUACAUUUCAAGUGGAACCACAAAGAUGGUUGGAGGUCCAGACAAGUAUAAAAAUACUUGUCCCUUGUGGGACUCAAAGCCACAGUCUUGACGGAGCAUAGAUAAAAUAGAUAAUUGGAAAUAUAGAUAAUAGAAUAGAUAUGACGAUUUAAGUGUACAUUUAAUGGUGGGUUGACCGGCGGUCACCUUUGUGGUAGACUGGUAGUAGUUAAAGUUAACAUUUUAUUCAAUGAUCAUUUCAGUGGUGUACCUGGAGGUUAUUCAGUAGUGAGUUGCCUAGUUAAAUAAAGGUUAAAUAUGUUUUAUUUUUUAAACCCAGCUAAAUUGCAGUGGUCUGAAGGGAUAGGUCCAUUAAAUUUCUAUGAUUGAAAUGAUACCCACCUUGUAUUCUAGAGCAAGUUGUGUCUCAACUGUUGGUGGGCAAAACACAAAAACCUCAGAUGAUGUGAAAUAGGGCCUAAGCUACAUAUGCAAAUAUGAAGAAAAAAAAUCAGUUUACACAUUUUUAGAUAAUUGAAGUUAAAGGUUUAGACACGUACCAACAAACGGGUGUGGUCCCUGCAGCGUACGCUCAAACCAUUGUGAUUAGAAUGCUUAUUUAGAACAUCCAGUUUUGAUUGACCCAGCAGUCCGUGUUUGAGCUGGCCACACUGCUUUUUCACAGAAACAUUUAGCACAAUCACAGUCCUUACAAAGUUAUGUACUGAAUAUGACCAGUUUAUUUUUGGAUGCAAUGUCCAGACAUUCACAGAAGUAACAACAGCAUAACAUAAUCAUCCAAACCGGAAAAUGUAGGCUACAUUAGUCCUAGCGCUAACUGAGGAAAGAUUGAGGCCUGUUCUGACUACAGAUGCACAAAUGUCUGCACACUUGAUCUGCGGAAACACUUGGGAAUUGCUUGGCUUGGGCUCUCCUCGAAGUGAGAAGUUUGUCCGGUUCAGUAAAGUCUCAAACAUAAAUUGUCCACAACAGUGAAAUGGGCUACUUCUAUGUGAAUUUAAUGAGGAGGUGGAACACAUCUGAAUUCAAACUGUUGUUAGAAAAUAAAACUUGUUAGAAAAUAAUUUUACAUUGACUAGUUGAAACAUAGCCGAUAGAUAAUUAGCAGGCUGCGAGGAUUAACUGUCCUCUUAGUGAACGAUCACAUUUAGGAACAGUGAGUGCAUUCAUUGGGGGUGGCAGGUAGUCUAGUGGCUAGAGCGUUAGACUAGUAACCAAAAGGUUGCAAGAUCUAAUCUACGAGCUGACAAUGUAAAAAUCUGUCGUUCUGCCCCUGAACAAGGCAGUUAACCCACUGUUCCUAGGCCGUCAUUGAAAAUAAGAAUUUGUUCUUAACCUCUCUAGGGUACGUGGGACGCUAACAUCCCACCUGACCAACAUCAAAAAAAAAAAAAAAAAA